GGAUGUUCCACGCAGGCGCACAUCAUUCUUCAGAAUAGAGGAUACGUCAGAAUUGUGCAGUCGAGACGACAACUUCUGUGUCGCUUUCAAAUGUAUUACUACUGAUUAAGUCUGAGGACAAACCCAGCCUGCCUCUCUCCUUCCACACUGAGUCCAAACCUACAGUUACUGGGUCCUGAUUGUGACAGUGGAGCCCAGUUUGCACUGCAGGAUCCAGAGAUGGCAUCAGUGAAGCUGGAAGACUGCAGUCAAACACUGGAGCUGAAUGUCAACAUUAAAGAUGAAGAAGAGGAGGAGGAGAUUGGAAUAUCUGUUUCUCAUGGUAUGAGGCCGGCAACAUCAACACUGAGGACAAACCCAGCCUGCCUCUCUCCUUCCAAACUGAGUCCAAACCUACAGUCACUGGGUCCUGAUUGUGACAGUGGAGCCCAGUUUGCUCUGCAGGAUCCAGAGAUGGCAUCAGUGAAGCUGGAAGACUGCAGUCAAACACUGGAGCUGAAUGUCAACAUUAAAGAUGAAGAAGAGGAGGAGAAGAUUGGGACAUCUGUUAAUCAUGUGAGUCCAAACCUACAGUCACUGGGUCCUGAUUGUGACAGUGGAGCCCAGUUUGCACUGCAGGAUCCAGAGAUGACAUCAGUGAAGCUGGAAGACUGCAGUCAAACACUGGAGCUGAAUGUCAACAUUAAAGAUGAAGAAGAGGAGGAGAAGAUUGGGAAAUCUGUUUCUCAUGGACGACUAGAAUUAAGUCUGAAGCCGGUAACAUCCACAGUGAGGACAAACCCAGCCUGCCUCUCUCCUUCCACACUGAGUCCAAACCUACAGUCACUAGGUCCUGAUUGUGACAGUGGAGCCCAGUUUGCACUGCAGGAUCCAGAGAUGGCAUCAGUGAAGCUGGAAGACUGCAGUCAAACACUGGAACUGAAUGUCAACAUUAAAGAUGAAGAAGAGGAGGAGAAGAUUGGGAAAUCUAUUUCUCAUGGAGACCAUGUUGAGACAUUCUCUACAUCCAGAGAGCAACAGCAGGAAGAUCACAGAGCUAAGAGGUCUCACCACUGCCCACAUUGUGAGGAGAUUUUCCCAAUUCUAUCAAAGCUAAAAAUACACCUAAAAAUGCACACAGGAGAGAAUCCGUAUUCCUGUACUGACUGUGGGAAGAGAUUCAAAACAUCAAGGAAUCUAACAGUUCAUCAGAGUGUGCACAAUGGAGUGAAGCCUUACUCCUGCUCUGACUGUGGGAAGAGUUUUUCUCGAAUGAACUUCUUAAAAACACAUACACGUAGACAUACAGGACUGAAGCCGUACUCCUGCUCUGAAUGUGUAAAAUUCUUCACAACAUCAGCUGAGCUAAAAGUUCAUCAGAGAACACAUACAGGAGAGAAGCCUUACUCCUGCUCUGACUGUGGAAAGAUUUUCUCUCAACUUGGCCCCUUAAAAAGACAUGAACGUAUACAUACAGGAGUGAAGCCUUACUCCUGCUCUGACUGUUUAAAAUGCUUCACAACAUCAGCUGAGCUAAAAAUUCACCAGAGAACACACACAGGAGAGAAGCCUUACUCUUGCUCUGACUGUGGAAAGACUUUCUCUCAACUUGGCCCCUUAAAAAGACAUGAACGUAUACACACAGGAGAGAAGCCUUACUCCUGCUCUGACUGUGGAAAUGGCUUCACAACAUCAGGUCAGCUAGAAGUUCAUCAGAGAACACACACAGGAGAGAAACCUUACUCCUGCUCUGACUGUGGAAAGAGUUUCUCUCUAUUGUUUAACUUAAAAACACAUGAACGUAUACAUACAGGGGUGAAGCCUUUCUCCUGCUCUGACUGUGUAAAAUGCUUCACAACAUCAACUGACCUAAAAGUUCACCAGAGAACACACACAGGAGAGAAGCCUUACUCUUGCUCUGACUGUGGAAAUACUUUCUCUCAACUGGGCACUUUAAAACAACAUGAACGUAUACACACAGGAGAGAAGCCUUACUCUUGCUCUGACUGUGGAAAGAGUUUCUCUCAACUGGGCCCCUUAAAAAGCCAUGAACUUAUACAUACAGGAAUGAAGCCUUUCUCCUGCUCUGACUGUUUAAAAUGCUUCACAACAUCAGCUGAGCUAAAAGUUCACCAGAGAACACACACAGGAGAGAAGCCUUACUCCUGCUCUGACUGUGGAAAAAGUUUCUCUCAACUGAUUCUCUUAAAAAGACAUGGACGUAUACAUACAAGAGUGAAGCCUUACUCCUGCUCUGAUUGUGUAAAAUGCUUCACAACAUCAGGUCAGCUAAAAGUUCAUCAGAGAACACACACAGGAGAGAAGCCUUACUCCUGCUCUGACUGUGGAAAGAGUUUCUCUCUACUGUGCAACUUAAAAACACAUGAACGUGUACAUACAGGAGAGAAGCCUUAUUCCUGCUCUGACUGUGGAAAGAGUUUCUCUCUACUGUGCAACUUAAAAACGCAUGAACGCAUACAUACAGGAGUUAUUUCUCACCGCUGAUCUGACUCUAGAAACUGUUUUAAAACAACAGCUGAGCUAAAAGGUCAUCAGAGACAGACACAGGAGAGGAACCUGACUUCUGCUCUUAAUGUGGCAAGAGUAACUCAAGUGAAAGUCACCAAGUAGAAUACCACUUGAGUAAAAGUAUUUGGUUUUAAAUAUACUUAAGUAUCAAAACUAAAAGUAUGAAUCAUUUCAAAUUCCUUAAAUUAACCUCUACGGGAUGGGUGUUCCUAAAACAGGACAGUUGCUAAUGUGACUAUAAUGACAUUGUAUUCAACAGCUAACUUUCUGGGACAUAGACAUGUCUUUUAUAUGGGCAAAAAGAUUAACAAGGAUUUAAGCAAACUUCAGUGUCAAAUUAACAGUAGCUAUUACAGUGGAAAAAUACCAUGCUAGUGUUUGAGUAAAGUGUAAAACAACAACUUAUCACUGCAACUGGUUUGAUACAUUUAAACCAGUUGAUUUGUCAUCCUUAGGGUCCCAGAGAUCAAAUGUAGCAUAGUUUUUUGUUUGAUAAAAUCAAUUUUUAUGUGAAAUGUAGGAACUGGGUUCUACAUUUUUGAACCCCUGUUGUCUCUGGCUCCAGACCUACUCCGCCAGACCAUCUAGAUGUGUGAAAGUUAGUGUAUAAGCUAAUGAUCCAUCAUGUGUGAAAUUCCUGUCAGUGUGUAAACUUAAAUGUUUUAUUACCCUAGCAUUUUUAUAUGUUCUCUAUAGUUUUGUACUUAAAUGUAUCAAUUGACCAAUUCAGGACAUUUGAGGAAACUCCUGGCAGACUUGAAACAGUGCAGUAAUGUAAUUCUUCACUGGAUCAGUCAAACGUUUCACACACUGCUGCCAUCUGGUGGCCAAAAUCUAAAUUACACCUAGACUCCUAUCUGAAAGUAUGGCCGUUCUUGCAUUUCAAAGUUAAUGAAAAAAGAAAACGGUUUUGUUAGUAUGAUUUUAGCAGAUCUAAUGUGUUCUUCUCCUACAUUAAUUUCACAUUUCCACACACUUCAAAUUGUUUCAUUUCAAAAGAUAUCAAGAAUAUGCAUGUCUUUGCUUCAGGUGCUGAGCUACAGGCAGUAAGAUUUGGGUCAUUUUAGGUGGAAAUGUAAAGAAAAGAAAAAAAGGGUACAAUCCUUAAGAGGUUUUUAGCGAACUAGUGAGUCUGCCAGAUCAGAGGCAGUAGGGAUGACCACGGAUGUUAUCUUGAUAAGUGUGGGAAUUUGACAAUUUUCUGUCCUGGUAAUCAUAUAAAAUGUAACUAGUACUUUUGGGUGUCUGGGAAAAUAUAUGGAGUAAAAAGUACAAUUUGGGCAUUGGAAUUUGGUGAAAUAAAAGUAAAAAUGGUCAAAAAUAUCUAAAUAGUUAAGUACAGAUACACCAAAACUUAAGUAAAAGUGAUUUAAAGAACUACUUAAGUACUUUACACCACUGCAUGCAUCCAUGCCGUGUGUCAGCAUUGCAGGCUGGUGGUGUGAUGGUUGGGGUGUGUUUUCAGGGCACACAUUGGGCCCCUUGAUAAAAGUUUAGCAACAUUUGAAUGCCACAGGAUAUCUAAACAUCAUGGCCAAUCAGGUGCAUCCCUUCAUGCUAGCAGUGUAUCCAUCUGCAAGUUGUUUUCUUCAGCAGGAUUAUGCCACAAGGCUUGUCCAGGAAUGGUUCCAAGAACAGCUCACUGAAUUCACUGUAAUUGUGCAUCUGUGGGAGGAGAUGGAACGAGCAAUUCAAAGUAGAUCCACUCCCAGCCAACUUGACACAAUUGUAGGAAGCAUUGGAGUCAACAUGGACCAGCAUCCCUGUGUUCUGAGGACAAAGGGGGUGCAACUCAAUAUUAGGAAGGUGUUUCUUAUGUUUUGUACACUCAGUGUAUAUCAGGUAAGGAUGGUCUGAUGUUCAGUUUUUAGCAUUAGUUUGGGUGGAUUAUUUUAUAUUACUCAACUUUUGUUUAAUGAUAAACAGGCUAUGAAUCAACUACUUGUUUAUUAAACUGUAUUUUAAUAUUAGAUUCAUUAUUGUAGUCAUUGAUGAUGAAUGUAUUUGAAAUAACUGUAUUGAAGUUAAUUGAUCUGGUGGCAGGUAGCCUAGCGGUUAAGAGUGUUGGGCCAGUAACUGAAAGGUCGCUGGUUUGAAUCCUGAGCCGACUAGGUGAAAAAUGUCAUUGUGCCCUUGAGCAAGUCAAUUAAAUCUUAUUUGUCCUGUAAGUCUCUCUGGAUAAGAACAUCUGCUAAAUGACACAAAUAUAAUGAAACAAAUGUUUGUACAUGAAUAUAUGCUGGGCAACCUUUUUUUUCUCUUAAAUGAAAUAAACUGUUUGUGAAAUACUGUAUAUACAAUACACAACAUUACCACUUUGUUUACCCUGGCCAGAGGGACAGGCCCAAAGUAAGCUAGACUAUGUAGCUGCUGUUGUUAGUGCAAUAUAGCAUGUCAGAUCGCUAAUGAUUAGGUGUACAGGCUGCUACAUUUCGUUUUUGCUUGUGUCGGUCGGAUGUGAUGUGUUAUCAGGCUAAAUGACUACCAGAGGGAAGUGGAGAGCGCGUCUUGAUCUUUGUGCGUUGUGCCCGGCCCGGCCGACAUGGUCAAGAGAGGCAGAGGACAUGCAGCAGCACUCCGAUGUGAAGAACUGUACUAAAAUGUACGAUUGUAGUACAAUGAAAAAAAUAUAGCAUGGUAUUUUUGUGGAAUGGUAGUGACCAAAAAACAUGUUUUUAUUGUACUGGACCCAGGAACAUAGAAGAAACUGCCAGAUGUGUCAUAAUAGCCUGGAAGUAAAGCUGCACUGGGAGACACAUCUAAUGGAAUACAUUGAAUACAUUCAGCAGGGUGGAACAAUCACAGUAAAACAUGAUUUAAAUGUAUUGUUGGAAGGGCUGUGGUCACCAUUCAUGUAAUACAUUAAAUAUAUACAUCAGAUGGUA